AUGGCCUCGUUGAAGAUCACCGAACAGUCCAUUCCCUCGUUAGAGGGCACCGUAGCCAUUGUGACAGGGUCAUCUGGAAUUUGCUACGCCGCCGCCCAAAUCCUCACAAACAAAGGAGCUACCGUCCACAUCCUCGAUCGCAACGGCCCGAAUAAUCAGCGCUAUCGUUAUAGCCCACAACUAGUGUGGCACCAAUGCGACGUAUCCAACUGGGCCAAUCUCCGCGAGAUAUUUGACACUAUUGGUCCAGUGAAUUUUGUCUUCGCCAACGCGGGCGUGUUCGAGUCGACGAACUAUUUUGGCGACACAUGGGAUACAGCCGGGCUACUGGAAGAGCCAACGUACGCUGUACUCGAUGUCAAUCUCCACGCCGUACUGAACGUGGUUAAGUUGGCAUGGAGCUCCAUGAAAAGAAACAAGAUCCAAGGGAGCAUCGUGAUCACUACCAGUGCUACUGCCUAUGCUCCGGAACAGUCCUUGCCCGUCUAUGCGGCAGGGAAAUUGGCUCUGGUCGGCCUCAUCCACUCUCUUCGGUCUGUGAUCAUUCAAGACGGCAUUACCAUUAAUGGCGUCGCCCCGGCCGCCACAGCCACCAACCUUCUCCCAGACCAUCUAGUCGCCCCUAUCAUCGCCCGAGGGCUCCAGGUUAGCUCGGCCCACUUCGUGGGGCUGGCCCUCGUAUACUCCGCGACGGCCCGUCAGUCACUCCGUGUGGAGGUCUACGGCAGAGAGACGGAGGCACAGCGUUACGCGACUACUCCGGAACGAUGGAAUGGGCGGGUUAUCCUCACGCUAGGAGAAUGCUAUACUGAGCUGGAGGAGCCCAUUGCGGAUCUUCGGCCAUUCUGGUUCGGCAGAGAGAAUCUUAAAUUGACCCGGUUGCAGCAGGCUUCGACGGACUUUCGUUGA